AUGUUGGCGCUAAAACGUGGCCGGGAAAAGCUCCUGAGGUACCACCUGGAAUUCCCGUCCCGAGGGGGGGACGAGCAGGACGGGCACGACGGCUCCCAGGAAAAUCCCGGCUGGAAUUCCGGCCCUUCCCGGCUUCCUCCGGCCCCGUUCCCCCCGGAAUUCCCGGAGCAGGGCCUGGAGGAGAUCCCACGGCCCAUCCAGGACUCCGGGAAUAUUUUGAAGCAAGGAUUCCUGGAGAAGAGAUCCCGAGAGCCCAGCUUCUUCGGCUCCGAGUGGCACAAGCGCUGGUGCGUCCUCACCCAACGGAAUUUCCUCUACUACGCCAACGAGAAAAGCAAGCAGCCCAAAGGCUCCUUUCCCAUCGAGCGCUACCAGGCCCGCCUGGAUUCCCAGCUCCGGAAAGAUUCCCGGAAAAAAUGCUGCUUCCAGCUGCUCUGUCCUGGAAAACGCUCCUACGAGUUCACAGCUCCGAGCCCGGCCGAGGCCCAGGAUUGGGUGGAGCAGAUCCAGUUCCUCCUCAGGGACCUGAGCUCCCUGACCAUUCCCUGCGAGGAGGAUGAGGAGGAGGAGGAGGAGGAGGAGGAGGAGGAGGAGGGGGAGGAAGAGCUCUCCAAGGACCGGAACAGCUCCGACUCCAUGAACAAUUCCCAAAAUUCCACCCUGAAUCCGGAGGAGCCGGAGCAGGAAGGCGACGACAUCUACGAGGUGAUGCCAGAUGAGGAGCUGGAGCCGCCAUUCCCGGAGGAUGAGGAGGAUGUCGGGAGCGAGGAGGAAAAUUCCGACUGGGAUUACUCCAGUUACUACCAGGGACUGUGGGAUUGCCGCGGGGACAAUCCCGACGAGCUCUCCUUCCGACGGGGCGACCUCAUCCGCAUCCUCAGCAAGGAGUACCCCGGGUACGGGUGGUGGGUCGGGGAGCUCGGCCGGGAGAUCGGGAUCGUGCCCCGGGAAUUCCUGGAGCCCGCCUUCGAGCUGGAGCCGUGACCGCCCCCGGGACAGGUGGGACCGGGAAUGGCAGCGUGGGGACAAGGCCAGCCUGGCCCACGGCAUUCCCUGGACCCCACAGAUCCCACGGGAUUCCUGCAGCAGAGCCACACGUGCAGGACCCAGCGCUGGCACCGAGCGGAUUUAUCCCAAAAACCCCUCCUGGAGCCAUUCCAUGGGGAAACUGAGGCACGACGCAUCCUGCUUUUCCCAAAAAUCCCAGAUCCCCCGGAGAUCUCCUGCUCUCGUUAUCCCGCUUUUCCCAAAAAUCCCAGAUCCCCCGGAGAUCUCCUGCUCUCGUUAUCCCGCUUUUCCCAAAAAUCCCAGAUCCCCUGGAGAUCUCCUGCUCUCGUUAUCCUGCUUUUCCCAAAAAUCCCAGAUCCCCCGGAGAUCUCCUGCUCUCGUUAUCCCGCUUUUCCCAAAAAUCCCAGAUCCCCUGGAGA